AUCAUUAAGUUAAAAUCUUUUAUUUUAUAGAGUACUUAUGUGAAUUACUUUUUUCAGUUUAAAUGGUUUAAAUAAAAAAGCAAAACAUACUAAAUAUGCAUUAAUCUUUAUGGUAAGAUACUUAAAUGAUUAAUUAUUACAUUACAUACCAUUGUUGUCUAUUCUUUGGUGGUUUAUCAUAUUUUUUAUUGAAUUCACUGAACUUUUGUUUUCUAUGAUAUGAUAAAAUGUAAAAUGAGUAUUGAUGAUAAUCAGAUAAGAAGGCAUUGCCCACAUCCAUUAUUAUCUGUGGACAGAGUAUGAAUGUUAAGAUUAUGUUUUAUUAGAGCACAUGCAAAAUAUUGUCAUAAUUAUUUGUAAGUUCUCUUAUCAUAUUUGUGCUAAGUUAUGAGUUGUGUUUUAUGUAUUGUCAUUAAACUAUGGAAGAUCAUUCAACAAAACUUGUUCUUUUCCCAGUGAAUAUUAUGGGGUACAAGCAGUAGGACUGACAUUGCUUUAUGUGAUUUCAAGGGAGAAGCAACAUCUAAUAUACAUUUAGUAUAGGUCUUUUUUCAGGUUCUUUUUCAGAUUUAGAAAAUUCAUGCCAGUUACCCCCAACAAUUCAAAUUCUACAAUAAGAAGGUGAGGACAGAAGAGGAAAAAGAAUGCACUUAGAUGGAUAAAUUUAGAGAUGUUCAAGAUUUACAUGUAUCUCACCAAGAUAUAUUCCAAGAUUCUAGCAUGGAUCAACUAUCUCUGACUGAGUAUUCAGAAGGAUGUUCAAGGCCACACAAUGCACUAGCAACACAUCAAGCCCACCAACCUCUUCAAAAGAAUCAUUUUGUGCCAUUUACCCAUGAGACGCAUAGUUUUAUACAGCCAUUAACACUGCCACAGUCACCUGAAUUUGUGCAACCCAAUAUUAAUUCUUCACAACCUUCACUUUAUAGUAAUGAUACUGAUCAAGCAGUUCUUGAUACAAACAACAGUACUCAGGUCUGUGACAGUAAUGUAUUACAUGGUACCAGGCUUAUAUCAAAUCCUACAAUUGAUUUGAAAAAUGGCUUGACAGGAAAUGAAGUGGACAAUAUUUCAAAACAAGAGUCUGCUGGACAAGAACAGUGGAAGAAAAAUAUUAGAAAGAAAAUGAAAAAUCUAGGGAAGAGUUAUACAACACAGAAUGGGAAGAAAGUAGGUGCUAAAAUUUUCAAGUCAAUUAACCAGUGUUGCUAUCAACAGUGCUUCAAGACCUUAGGUUUAAAGAAUCAGGAAAAUAUAUUUACCUCAUUUUGGAAUAUGGGUAACUGGAACAAACAAACAAAGUUCAUCUGGGAACAUACAGAGAUUAAAACUAAAGCCAGGAAAACAUUAGAUAGGUCAUCAAGACGAGUCCAUACCAGACAUUUUUUCCUGCCAGAUUGUUCAGGAAAUAAGGUUAAAGUUUGUAAAUCUGUCUUUCUUUCUUUACUUCAGAUCUCUAAUGGUCGUUUAAGUUACUCUCUCAGCAAGAAACUUGUUGCUGUAAAUGAUGAAGAGCCUCAAGAUAAGAGAGGGUCACAGAUUCCCUCAAAUAAGACUCCUGCACAAGCUGUAAGAGAUGCAGAAGAAUAUAUACAAUCAACAUCAUAUUAUAGCAUAAAAAAAGAUUCUGGUGCUAAAAUGCUUAUUGUUCCACAGGGAGUAACAAUUAGAAAAUUAUAUGCUGCAUAUCAAAGAAAGUUUGUGGAAUCUGGUAAAUUAGUUAUCAGUCUGAAAUUGUUCAGGAAGCUCCUGCCACCUAUCUUGAAAAAAGAUGCCUUAAAUAUGCCCUUAAUAUUUAGCAAGCAAAUAGGUGAAUCAUCUUGCAUAGGUUAUAACAAGUGUCCAGCUAACAAGACAGUGAUAAUGAAGGAAGGAGUGACAGUGUGGAGUGAAAAAGGAACUUGUGUAGAAAAGCUUUCAAGGAAUGAGACUGAUACAAAACAAAGUGUAACAGUUAUUCAGGGUACAAAAGAUGUAGAAUUAAAUACACAUUCCAUAAUGCAUAAUGAAAGUUAUUUAUCAUCAACAAAUAAUUCUGCCAGAAAAUCUAAUCUGAAACUGUGGAAACGCAAUAUUUCAAAGGACCUUAGAGACAGAGGGAAAAGCUACAUGUCCUCAUCUGGAAAGAUAAACUGGGGAAAAGAGUUUUUACCACAAUAUUCUUGUUGUGUAAGUAAAUGUCAUGUGGCUUUCCCAGUUGAGCAGCAAGAAACUCUUUUCAAGAAGUAUUGGGCCUUGGCCUCUUGGAAUUUACAGACUAAAUUCCUAUGGGACCACAUACAAGUUGUUCAGAAAAAGGUCAACACAUCCAAAAGUGAUGAUUCACGUCGUAUUCACACCAGGAUAUUUUUUCUUACAAAUAAUGAUGGUGAAAAAAGAAAAGUAUGCAAGAUUCUUUUCUGCGCAACACUCCAGGUAUCUAAUGGCAGAGUUUCUCGUGCAGUUUGCUCAAAAAUAGUUGAUUCUUCUCUGCCUCCUGAAGAUAAAAGGGGUAAAAGUACCCCACAGAACAAGACAACCAGAGAAAAUGUUUUAUUUGCUUUGGAUCACAUUGACCAGUUGUUGCAGCAUAAUAGCUGUCUUCAGUCUAUCUCCAGAAAGUGUAGUCUAUUAAAUAAUAUAAGUAAAAAGAAAGCCCAUGAUAUGUACAGGAAUUCUUGUUUCGAAUAUGGAAAGAAACCUCUUUCUUAUACUGUGUAUUGUCGUAUAUUACGUGAAGAUGCUUACUGUCCUGUUGAAAACACUAAUUCAAGAGAGAACGUAAAUAGUUGUACUUGAUUCUAUUUUUUAUAUUGAUUUUAUGAAAAGUCAAUAUUAAGAAUUUUUUUUCAUUAGGUUCUUACUUUAUUAGUCCUAACAUUUGUCUACAUUUAUAUGAUGUUUGUAAAAUUGUAAGUAUAAACUUUUUAUGUGGAAACCUGAAUUUUUAUGUUUUGUUCUAUAUCCUUGUCAUUCAUUGGACAACUUGAUCAUGAGACAAUUAUUUAUGGCAGUCAGUCAUAUUUUAGAAGCAGUCCCCCAAAACUUGAAAGACAAUGGAAAGAGGCUAAACCCAAACCCUGUUCCUAAUUCUAUAACCAUAUAAAGUUUUCCCGAUACUGACCAGGAAAACUGACAUAAAGGUUAAAGGUUAAAUAUUUCCAAAAAGGACAAUUAAUGCCUUAACAUUACAGACUGCUUACAUGACUUAGGGAAGCAUAUCUUUUAUAUAUGGCAGUCUCAUUAUUAUGCAAACAAGCAAGAGUUUGGAGAGUUGAUCAUUAGUUGUAGAAUUAUAAAAAGGUAAGAAACAUGUCUAUAUAUCUUAUUGUAACCUAUUGUAAUAGGAUACAUCAGUACUGUAUUUUUUUCGAAAUCAUUGCACUUUUGUUUAUAUUCUUGGCAUUGAAAAAUAUAUACCCUUAAAAAGAAAAAUCAACAAACCAGGAAGAUAUACUUGAUAGGUUGCAUUAGUUCAAAUUCUUGAUCAGACCAGUUUCAUAUUUCUCAAUAUAGUGUAUUUUAUUUCAAGCUCAUUUCCCUCCUUAUCCCACGCUCAUUGUUGUCGUGGGGGGGAGGGGUGCUUAGGAGACAGAGACUGGAGCCCAAUGAAGGGGAUGACCCCUACCUUAGACCUCAGCCCUUGCCUCAACUAAUUUUGCAUGGUCAAGUCUUCUCCCUGUUUCCUUUUCCUUCUCUUCUUCAUACUCUCCUUCUGUCCUCUUCCUAAGGUGUGAGAGCCAUACCAAAAGGAUGAAAGGCUGUUUUGUGUCAGGCAUGAACGGCCUCCGGGAUCCACCCAGAUCAUUACUCAACCUACACCCUUUCUUCUCUCCUAACAUCCUCCACUCUAUCCCCUACUGCACAGUAUUAUUCAUUCUCUACCCCCAGCCCUCUUAUUACUACUCUUAAUCCUUAUUGUUCUCCUCCCAACAGUACUACAUCUCUCCAUACCACACCAUCUACCUCCUUCCCUUAUUCUUCUACUGCUUCCACUUCUGCACACCUUUUGAGUACCCUUUUUGGCCUAGCCAAGUGGGAUCAAUUCUUUGUGAUUCCCCCUACAGCCCUGUAUUUUGACAAUACCCUUCUCUUCCAAUAAUGUCCCCCAAAACAAGUAGGCAGUUUCCUUUUAUAGUCAUUCCCAUCAUUCAUGCUUUGUCACAAUUACAUCAGAAUCCCAAGCUCUUGCACUAUCUACUCUGACUGACCUCACUGGCAAACCUAUUCUUGCCCAACCUCACUCCUUCUUUAAUACUUGUACCAGAACUGUUUCCCUGAUUGAUUGUCCUGUCUACAACAAGGACUGGUCAGACUGUGAGAACAACUUGUUCUCAGAUUCAAAGUAGGCCUCACUCUACAUGAGGCCAGAUAAGAAGCGUACUGAUGAGGUUUUUCUCUUUCUUAAAUAUUCCAAAACUGUACUUUUCUCUGCUCCCCUCCCAUAUUCUCAAGAGGUCUCUAUCUCUUCCCUCUACCCUGAAUCAUCUCUACUCUGUCUCUCCCCCAGUCAUAUUCCUUUUCCAGUCUACAUCCAGAUACUCUAGUCUCUACCACUUCCCCAGUGCCUAUCCUCACUCUAACUGUCACACCAGACAAUCUAAACAUUCCGCCUCAUAAUCUCUUACCACAUCCUCUCCUACACCCAUCUCUCCCUCUGCCUCUUGGACAUCUAUUCCUUCAUCUUUUCCAUGUAAGAAAACCUUUCUCAGACCUCCCCACCCAACUCCACUCCAGAAACUCUUGAAGACAUCCACAACUUCCUAAGCAUGAUCCAAGAGAAUGCUCCACUCCCUCAUCCACCUUCCAGUCCCCCUAUUCCUAUUUGCUCUACAUUCAAAGUAUUUGCUGAUAUCCAUCCUCCUCUUCCUCAAGUUCCCCCUACCCCUAUUCCUCCCACUCUCACAAAAAAAUCCCCAUCCUCUCCUCCAUGUGCAUUACCAUUCCCCUUUAUCCUUACCACUGCCACCUGGAUGCUCAUGUGACUCCCUUAUGUCACAACAAUGUCCUUUCCCAGAUCCUUCCCCUCCUGAAAUUCACCACCUUCCCCUGUUCCCUUAUCUCAUUCUCUGGAUUCUUCUCCUACUUCUCAACUACUGUUUCUACUCGUAUUUGAUUGUUUCAUAAUGGCUCUUUUGCAGUUUUUCUCAUACAAUGUUACUCUCCCCUUCCUCAGACACAUACUCUCCAUUUGAUCUGAUCACCCUAUACCGUUAACCCUAAUACCCACUGUAUUUCAUUUGCUCCCCCUCUAUACCCUUUUCAGUAUCGUUCUAUCCUACAGCGCUCUACAACCUUUGACGUCUUUCAUAUCUUAUCCUGAUCCUUAGCUCAUUUCCACCCUUUUUUCCACAAUACUUUAUUGUAGUGCUAUAUGACCUUUGAUAUCUAUUACUUUUAUGUCUUCUAACCAUUAACCAUUAAAGCUCAUUUUCUAAGAAUUAUUAACAAAAUUAAAGUUGAGAAUCAUAAAUUUUGUCAUAGUAGCAAACUACAUUACAGAACCAGGUAUCGCAACCAAUAUGUUUUGUGAAUGAAUUAUCAUUUGCUUUAGAUGAAUGAAUUAUCAUUUGUUUUAGAUGCUAUAAAAUUACCCAAGAUUUAAUUGCAGGGGAGCACUUCACACAGAUCUAGAAAUAUUCAGUUUGACAGUAGCUGUCAUGUAUUAUUAUACAUAUGUAGUCACAGUAGAAGCCAAUAAUUAUACAUUGAGUAUAGAUAAAAUGGGUCUAUAAACAACUUUGUAGGGCUUCCUAUUUUCUAACUUUUUUUUUUUAUAGUUAUUAUUCAAAUUUCUAAAUAGAACAGAAGCAUCUCUUUUGUUUAUCAGCCCAUGUCCUUAAUCAUUCUUUAAUGAUUCACACCAGUGGGAUUCAACCAGCCUUUGCAAAAUUUACUAGUUUUAACUAUAUUAAGCCCCAAUUUGCUCAUUGUUUGAAACCUAAUGUAUGAUUUAUUACCUUGAUCUGAUCUUUCAGGUGGUGUAGGGCCCUCAUAACUACUCUUACUUCACUCAAUAAUUGGAAUUCAGGGAAAUAGAACAGCGAAGGGAAGUACAGGAAAACACACGAAUAUGCCAAAGAAAUAUACAUAGGUAGAUAGAUUUAGAUAUGGAUAUAGAUAUAGAUACAGAUAUGUAUAUUUAUGCUUAUACAUAUACAUAUGCAUAAACAUAAAUUGAAUAUCAGAAAUCAACUGCAAGGGUGGAUGAACCAAAACAAAACUAUUCUACUUGUUCCGAACAGGAAUGUAAAAUGAGCAUAGGGACCCAAUUGGUAACCCAAAUUCUACUUCUUUAAUUUCAACCAGAGCUGCUUCCAGUUAUAUGAGUAAGAUAUGCUAUGUAUGGGGUAAAAGCUAACAUUUUUUACUUACAUGCUCACAGCAUAUUGACAUUAUAAGAAUUCAUAAAUGAAGGGUAACUGCAUUUUCUCUGGUGGACCUGAAGAAGUUUGCUAUAUGUUCUAGUAACAAUU